GGGAGGAGGCGGGCGGGCAGGCGCGCGAGCGAGCGAGGCCUGGCGAGGAUUGUUUUUGGUUUGAUGCAGUUUUAAAAGGCAAAGACGGCGGGGGGAGGGGCGUGUCGCGCGAGCGGGGGAGGAAGCGCGCCUGCAGUUUUUAAAUGCAAUUAAACUAAACGGCAAAGAAAGCAAGCCGAAAAGGAUGCAUGCGCGCGAUUUUUAAAUGCAAUUAAAAUAAAAGGCAGAUAAAGCCCAGAGCGUUGUGGUUGCGCAGGUAAGCCGAGGGCUAGAGGCCCCGAGCGGGCAGUAUCAUGGCCGCGCCGGGCGCUUCGGCCGCCGUCGGGGGAUCCCGGGCCGAGGAGCAGCCCCCGCCGCCCGCCGCGCCCUCCUCCCAGGCGCCGGUCCCGCAGGCCGCAGAGCAAGCCGGCCAGCCGCAGCCGCAGCAGCCCUCGCCCGCCGAGCAGAAGUUCCAGCCGCCCCCCGCGCAGCCGCCGCCGCCCUCCGCCCAGGCGCCGCCGCCGCCGCCUGCCCAGCGCCCGGACCAGGAGGACGCCUCCUUCCUGCCUCUGGUGCACGACAUCAUCAAAUGCAUGGAUAAAGACAGCCAGGAUGUUCACCAGGUGUUGAGUGAUCUGCGGACCAAAUUUGUGGAGAUGCGGAAGCUGAUCAAAAGCAUGCAAGGCAUUGGUGUGAGCCCGGAGCGUCAGCAGGAACAGCUCCAGAGCCUCCGAGAGCAAGUCCGGACGAAGAGUGAACUGCUGCAGAAGUAUAAGAGUUUGUGUAUGUUUGAGAUCCCCAAGGAAUAGAGAGGAAGUAACUUGCGAUUUCCCAGAAGUGGCCGUGUGAGCGGCAGCUUCCGUCAUGUCAAAGCAGAACAUGAUGUGUCUGGUGCAGAGUUGUACUGUGGGCUUUAAUGCUCUGUCCUGGAGCUUGUUUCUUCAUUCCAAUAGUAAAACUCGCUUGUGUUGGAAUGCUCCUUACACCUAGAAAGCUAGUUCAUCAGGGAGAAGAAUACAAUCUGCUUGGCUGUUCCCCCCCCCCCCCUUGUAUACAAAGAGUGAGGGUUUUGUUUUCAUGGAAUAGCAUACCAAGAGUCCAGGAACACCACUGGAUUUUGCUGUGUGUAAAAAUGGGCCACAUGAGUCUUUCAAGGGGAAAACAAACAAAAAACGCCAUGUAGAAGAUAAAUUUGUUGGGGAUUUUUACAUCAGUACAGAGAAAUAAACUUUUUCUUAGAAAAGGGCAGAGGGGCUAAAAUUUAAAAUGGGCCAAUUCCUAGGCAGAAUAAGAUAAUGGAGAGAGCCAUUUGUUAAGAAAUGUCUGUGUAUACUUUGAGAUUCUUUUUUUAAAUGAACAAUUCUUGUUUCUGAGAUGGUUGAAAUAAAAAUGUUAAAUGCAGCAGUUGCAAUAAU